AUGUUAUAUUCCAAACUGAUACACAUUUCAGAAUGCAGUUUUGGAUCAUACGGUAAAAACUGCGCUUACAAAUGUCACUGCUACAACAAUUCAUCGUGUAAUCAUAUCAACGGAAAAUGUCAUAAAUGUUCGCCUGGUUGGCAGGGCAUAUCAUGCGACAAGGAAUGUGACCAUGGCUCCUUUGGGCAGAACUGCAGCGAAUACUGUCAUUGUUAUAAUGAUGACGACUGUAACCCUAUACACGGCACAUGUGAUAACAGAUGUUCUCCUGGUUGGCAAGGAGACACGUGCAAUACAAAAUGUGGAACUGAACAUUUCGGGCAAGACUGUCAUUAUACCUGUAACUGUGUGAAUGGAACAUCAUGCGAUCAUAUCAGUGGACUGUGUACCAUUCAGGAAUGUGAAGACGGAUGGCAAGGGACAAAUUGCAGUAUAGUAUGCGGCCUUCAACGAUUUGGGAAGAACUGUUCGGAAGAGUGCCAUUGUGACGAGUGUCAUCACAUCAACGGAUCCUGUUCAUUAUUCUCAGUUCAGUGUUACUCGGGAUACCAAGGGGAUUCCUGCACUCAAAGUAUUUAG